UAUAAAAACUAGAGAGAGAUGGGGACUUUGAGACCAAGCAAAACCAUUCAGUGUCCGUCCAUGGACCCUGUACUGAUGAAAGCUGCAAGAUCAGGCAACACUACUCUCUUCAACCAACUUGCAUCCCAAAAUCCCAACCUUCACCUCCAAGUAACUCCCCAAAAGAACACAGCCCUUCAUAUCAGUGCAAGGCACGGACAUUACUGCUUCAUCGUAGAGGCUUGCCAGAAAUGCCCAUCUCUCAUCACUGCUGAGAACUCGAAAGGAGACACUGCACUCCACAUCGCUGCGAGAGCUGGAUACAUCGAUUCAGUCAUUUGCCUGAUUGGGUGUGCUAGAAACUACGAUUCAUUGGAGACUGGAAACAACGGAAGUAGAGGUAUAACAGUGAUUGAAUUGGUGAGGAAACAAAAUGGAAGGGGCAAUACUGCCUUGCAUGAAGCAGUGCGGCAUGGUCAUCUUAAGGUGGUGGAGUUGUUGACGGAAGCCGACCCAGAAUCGGCAUGUUUGGUAAAUUCGGUGGGAGUUUCUCCACUCUAUUUAGCUGCUGAAGCAGGAUCAGGAGAUAUCGUCAGGCAAAUCUUACAGACAUCUAAAUCAUCUGUUCAUGGAGGUUUGACUGCUUAUGGAGGCCCCAUACAUCGUACGCCUUUGCAUGCAUCCGUUAUCUGGGGGCAUUUCGAUAUCGUGAAGAAGUUAAUAGAAGUGAAGCCAGAACUCAUCAAACAAGAAGACACAUACGGGGCAACUCCUCUUCACUAUGCCGCAUCCCAAGGUAAUCUAAAUAUGGUUCGAGAGUUUCUACAAGCAGAUGCAUCCGUUGCUUACAUAGUAGACAAAGACGGCAGAUCGCCAAUCCACAUGGCAGCUAGUAAUGGACAUGACAGUGUAAUCCAAGAACUUGUCUUUCAUCACCCGGAUUCUACUGAGCUUCUUGAUGCUAACGGUAGGAAUGCACUUCAUCUUGCCAUCGAAAGGGAAAAACCGAAUGUUGUCAGGCAUAUUCUGAAAUCGGACGAGCUUGAAGAACUUAUAAACGAGCCGGAUAACAACGGCAACACACCAUUGCAUUUGGCCAUCAUCAAGCGCAAUCUUUCCAUUGUGUAUCUUCUCUUGAAUGAUGAAAGAGUAGAUGUUAGGGCAAUGAACAAUGACAGUCUAACGGCCCUUGAUGUUGCUGAGUCAGAUACCGAGUUAUGCACGAAGCUUCGAAAGAUCCUAAUAUGCACAGCCUUGAGAAAAGUGGGUGCACUGCGGGGUCGGAAUCGACAGGAAAUUCAAGAAAAUACGGGAUGUGCUGUACAGGGAGCAACACCAAGAAUCGAGUCUUACAAGGCCAUGGCGAAAAUCAUCUUAGUACUGGCAGUGCUCAUAGCCACAGUCUCCUUUGGGGCAACUUUCACCAUGCCUGGGGGAUAUGAAAAUGAUGGUCCCAGCACAGGAAUGGCAACACUAAGGAAAAAAUUAUCUUUUGCAGCUUUCCUUGUCACCGACGCUGUUGCGAUGUUUAGUUCCAUCGCUGCUGCACUGAUCCUCAUCUGUGCGGGUAUAGGCGAUCAGGAUCUCUUGGUCGGCUCCGUAUCAUUGGCCACGAGACUAAUGGCGAUAGCACUUGGAUCCUUAACCCUAGCGUUCUUGGCAGGCAUAUGGUCAGUGGUGUGCAAAUGGCUCGGCGUCACCAUUAUUCUCAUUUUCUUUGCAUUCCUCUUUCUUGCCUUGCUUGCCCUUUACUAUCAAUUUUCGCACUUCCUUCUCCCUUUCAGAUUGGACCGACGUCCAGCACGCCAAUUUCCGAAGAAAAUUCAGACCAGUGUUGAUCUAGAACGUCUUUUAGUCAUCACCCCCAUUCCAAAUGGCCUUUGACGUUGUAUAAGAUGUACUAGAUACUCCACUUGAAACCUUGUUCAGUGUGCUAUUUUUUAGUUUGUACAGGUGGUGCCCAUAGUUGAUUGAUCCAAGCCACUGAUAUGAAACCCCCCCUCUGUGGACAAUUUGUUCAAAAAAUCCAAGCCAUUGGAUCUUUAUGUGGUUAAAUAUUGUACGCCAUUGCUGUAGUUUUUAUUUUUCUUAACUUAUAUUUGGUGAAUAAAUUUUGAGAAUAUGAUAGAAUCUACAAUAUGGAAGUUUUUUGAUGUGUUGACCAUCCAAAGCUAGUGCAAAUGUGGAACCAUAUCAAAACCAGGUUUUGAGCAAUUAGAUCAUGUCCCUCACUCAGGAAAACUAAAAGCCGAACCAAACUGUAAAAAAUCUCAGGUUGGGUAUCAUAUAAUAAUGCCU